AUGUCAUUAGAUUUAUCUCAUAAAAUCCUUUCUGGUAUUGCUGAUUUUCUUUCUUUCGAUGAAAAGAUUAAUGGCAAAAAGGUCAAGCGUCUUAUUUCGGACAAGCGCCUGAAAAUUGAAGCGCAUGACCGAGACUCUCUCCAAGUUAUGUUUCCGAACAUACACCGUAUUCCGAUUACAUACCCACAUAUUUAUGGCUGCGAAAGAUUAUCUAGCUGGGAUCUUUUAAAGGCUGUGGCUAUUGCUAUGGAGCAUUGUAAUCCUUUCUCGUUUAAAUUACUUCUUAGACCUCUUUCCUCGUUAUCUUUCUUGAGGCAUUUGGAGAUUGUUAUACCCUUCAAAAGCUCAAACAUGAAUUCGAUGGAUAAUGGCAAGACAAAAAAUCUAACUACACUCAAGCUUUCCUGUAGAAACUUUCGGGGAUGUUGGGUGCAUUAUUUUUCCCAGAAAUACCCAAAUAUCCGAACACUCAUUUUGGACUUGAAUUCGAACAGUGAAGAUAUCAAAGAUUUCAUGUGUAUGCAGAAAAGCCUAUUUUACACCUCAUUGAAAUUUUACGAUUUGGAGAGAGCAUCAAUAACUAUUACCAUGUUAUGCACAGUCCAGAAGACCGUAUUUUGGCAUCAUACUCUAUUUGUAAUAUCCCAAUCUACAAUCCACCUCAACCACCUGCACUUAAGCAGCUGUCAAACUCUGUCAACAAACGAUCCUUUCGAUACCAAAUCUCUUGUCCAAAUCGUAGAAAUCCCCAGUCCUGUUAACCCUCCUUUGGCCAACCAAGACUCAUGCGACAAUACUAGCAAAAAAUCUGAAAUCGUGAUCCUUGAAUACGAGAAACCAACAGAUAAUGAAAAUUCGAUCCGGGCUUCAUGA